ACAUCAGCCACGUCGGAGUGCAGAUAACGCACACCACGGAGCGCUAUUAGCACAGUUUCAUAGUGUUGUAGUCCCGGAUAAAAUCCGAUGAGAGCGGCGGAGGCUUUCGAUGAAUAAGCCUCCUUAUCUCGGCAGCGCUCUUUGCUCGGAAUUCUUUCCGACUCUUUCAGUAGAGUGAGAACCGUCGGUCGAAACACAAGAGCUUCACAAAGCAACUGCAGCGCAGUGCGGGAAAGCCAGUUUAAGACAGGAAGCUCAACACACGCAAACCGGAGUGAUAAUGGGUUGGUGGAGCAAGAAAAGCGAGACGGAUCGCAAACAGCCCAGCCAGGCACUGGUGGUGCAGGACCCGCGCACACGAGUCCAGACCACGAGUGCAGCCACGGAGACGACCAACACGGCCGUGCAAAACUCGACCAUAACGGACAGCAACAACCAGACGGUUACCUUUCUCACCACACGCCAGACGGUGACGCACACGCAGCGGGCGCUGAUCACGGAGACGACAACGCGACGCACGCCUAGUCAGGCGGAGUUAGAGGCUCUCUUCGCCCAGAUGAGAAUGGGCGGUGAGGGACCCUUUGGCUCCACCACCACCACUACAACGACCACCUCCUCGCGCUCUCGACCGCCCAGUUUGAACGGCGUCUCCUUUCGCUCCACACAGCCCUUCAAGGCCACGGCAAGCAAUGCUGGCAAACGAUCGAGCACCUUAGUCAAGACCGAGCAGACGACAGUGACCAAAAAGAAAGGGCACACGGUCACCCAGCACCUGGAGACUCAGAGAGUGGACCUCAAGGGAAAUCGACCUAAGGCGACCUGGGCGCCAUUUUCCACUGCAAACAGUUCGGAUUCCAGCUACGUCUCACCUUAUGCUCAGAGGCCAAGCCUGGCCAUAACUUACACAUCUCCCUGCGUCAAGACACCAAAAACCACUAGCUCCACGUCCAGUUCCAGUGCCAGCUCCGUUACGAGUCCGUCCAAACCAUCAUCAUCUGUCUCCUCCAUUUCUAGCAUUUUCAAGUCAGCUCCCAAGCAAGUUGAGAAGCCGCCCAGUUUUACUGCAACUCCCAAACCCUUCAUUAGUCUGGGAUCAUCAGGAGGCACCAAGCCGAAGGUCACUGCCGUCGCGCAAUCCGUAGAUGCCCAGGGCACGAUUUCAACGAGCCUGGGUACCUCGAAAUCAAGCCUGACCAAGAACAAACUCAAGCCCGCCCGGGUGUAUAUCUUCAACCACGAGCGGUUCGAUAACAAGAACGAAUUCCGAAAGGGAAGUGCCCAGGAUGUGAAGGUCCUGCGCGCCACCUUUGAGCAGCUGAAGUGCAAAGUGGAAGUUAUUACAGAUGCAACCCUGGCAACCAUUAAAAGGACAGUGCAAAUGUUGGAAACCAAGGACUUUAAGGACAAGAGCGCUCUGGUCCUCGUGAUCCUCAGUCAUGGAUCGCGCCACGACCAGAUCGCAGCAAAGGAUGACGACUACUCCGUGGACUACGACAUGGUUUUUCCCAUUCUGCGCAAUAAGACGCUUAAGGACAAGCCCAAGCUACUUUUCGUUCAGGCCUGCAAGGGCGAACGCGAACUAGGGGGCUUUAUGACCGAUGCCGCCCAGCCCAAUGGGUCUCCAAAUGAGAUCCUCAAGUGCUAUAGCACGUACGAGGGCUAUGUAUCUUUCCGCACGGAGGAAGGAACUCCUUUUAUUCAGACCCUGUGUGAGGCUCUCAAUCGAUCGGGGAAGACUUCAGACAUCGACACCAUAAUGACGAAUGUGCGUCGAGUGGUUAAAAUUCAAACCAAAGACCGCCAAAUUCCAUCUGUAACUAGCACCCUUACCUCUAAGUACGUUUUUGGAGAUUACAUUUGAUCAUAGAUCUUAAAUCUAAGACACGCCAUUAAAUAUCAAAAAUUAAUAUACAUAAAUGUAAAUAGCACAUAUGUAGAUAUACAUAGUAUAUAGCACAAGUGUCUGGUCCACGUAGUGACGAAGCGUACCAGGAGAGGGCGAUAUGUACGAACAAAUUUAAAAUCUGUGAUGGUUGUUCGAUCUUAGCAUGAAAUAACAAUUGAAAGGUAGCGCACAAACUAAAGAGGCAGUGCAUGUGUGAGAGUAAAAAUUAAACAAAAAUUAGUCUUAUGGGGGUCGGGAAUUUUUAAAGGAAAAUUAUUUUCGGUGUCAAGAACCUGAAAAAAUGAAAAACUGUUUUUACAUUUUUGUGGAUUUAUUAAGAACGAGUCUAAUGUAUUAUUUAAAAUGUAAAACCGUGUAGUCCUUGAAAUUUCCUAACUUUUAUUAUACAACACAUUUACCUAAAAAUGUACGUUUAAAUGUUAUUAUAUAUGUAUGUAUACCAAUAUAAUGACCCUUUCUCCAUACCAAUAAAUUUGUGACCGUUUGCAACCUCUA